AUGCAGGCGGGCGACAUGACUCUCGACAUCCCCUUGUUCGAGGCCUGCCGCGAGGACCUCUCCGACGGCACCGCCUGCGGUAGGGCGCCCGUCGGCCUCCGCAGAAAGUGCCUCCUGUCGCCGAAGAACCGGGACACGCUGUCCGAGAAGUGCAAGGUGGCCCUCUUCAAGAAGGAGGUGGAGGAGUCCGAGGACCUGCGCCUCAGCACGGACGUGCUCAAGGUCUGCGGGACGGCGAUCUCGGCGGAGUGCAGCGACAUCCCGUUCGGCGAGGCCAGGAUGCUGAUGUGCCUGUGGGACAAGGUCGUCGCCGCCAAGCGCGAGGAACACGAAGAGUGUGCGGGCAAGGUGACCGACCUCAUCGGCAGACAGGUGAGUCACUAUCAGCUGGACUUCCGGGUGCGCACCAGGUGCGCUGACGACAUCGGGAGGCAUUGCGCAGCGGAGAAGGAUCGCUGGUGGACAGCCUUCCCAUCGACAAGCUCUUCGGCAAAGAGGGCCAGGGCGGUAAGGUCCUCAAGUGCCUGA